AUGAUGACGAGGCAAGCAGACAUUGUUGUCAAAAGUGUCAGAGUAGGAGACGUAGAUGAUGUUCACGGAACUCCAUGCCUCGAUGUUGGUGUACUAGCUCAAGAAUUCGUGGAGGCGUCGCUUGUCCUCUCUCGUGCAUUCGUGGAGUUCAGCAAGCUGAUCGUAUUCCUCGUCGAUGUUACCCAUCGCGGUAUCUUCCCAAGAGCCGGCUAA